UGGAAUAACUCUUGGUGGCCACUGAAUGCGAUUGCCUGAGGUCACAGAAGCAGUCCCGAUACGGCGUAUAAAUAGUGGUAUGGAAUGUGUUGGACGGCAUCAGACAAGUUCAAGUUUUCGAACCUAAAGCACCAGAUCCAUAAUCAAAAUGUUCAAAUCCGCCGUCGUCGUUCUCGCUCUCGUCGCCUGUGCUGCUGCCAAGCCUGGACUCCUGGGUGCUCCCCUGGCAUACACUGCUCCUCUGGCUUACUCUGCUCCUCUGGCCUACUCUGCUCCUGCUGCCGUGGUAGCUGCUCCCGCUCCAGUUGUGACCGCCACCAGUAGCCAGGUGAUCGCCAGGAACUACAAUGGAAUCGCCGCUGCUCCUGUGAUUGCUCCCGUUGCUGCUCCUUUGGCUUCUCCAGUUGUGGCCAAGUACGCUGCUGCUCCUGUGGUGGCCAAGUACGCUGCUGCUCCUUUGGCCUACGCUUCUCCUUUGGCCUACUCCGCUCCUCUGGCUUACACUUCUCCAUUGGCUUAUAAAGCGCUUCCGGCUGCCGCUCCAGUUCUUCUAUCACGUAGCCAGUGGACAAGUUAUUGGCCACCGGCUGCCGUCGCUGGAUGCGUGAUAUUUAAAAGUGGCCAAAAUGCCAUCAUGUUCAAAUACGCCGUUGUCAUCUGCGCCCUGAUCGCCUGUGUGGCUGCCAAGCCAGGAUUGCUGCACACUCCUCUGGCAGCUCUGCCUGCUCCGCUGAUUGCUGCCCCCGCUCCCGUGGUCACUGCCGCCAGUAGCCAAGUCGUGGCCAGGACCUUCAACGGCAUCGCCGCUGCCCCAGUGAUCGCCCAAGUUCCGGUGGCUCCUGCUCCAGUUGUGAGGACCCUAGCAGCUCCCCUGCGCGCUCCAGCUCCCGUUGCUUUCGCCGCUCCUCUUCCCGCUCCAGUCGCUGCUCCUCUGGCUGCUCCCAUCCUCAACAGAGUGGCUCCAUUUGCUGCUCCCAUUGCCACCCCCUUCGCUGCUCCGUACGCCCAUCCCUAUGCUGCGCCCGUUUUGGCCAAAUACGCGGCUCCACUGGGUUAUGCCCCAGCACCUUUGAACUAUGCCGCGCCCGCUUUGUGGUAAAGGGAAAAUCGCAUACCCCGGGAUUAAGCAACCGUUUGUGUGUUCAAUGACUGAUAGCCCUUAAUAAAACUCGUUAAAAUUG